AUGACAUUAUCAACGCUGGUGUUCUCUCAAACCAUGUGUCAUCCUCCAAUAGCAAGAGAAUUCGAAACCACCAAAUUGAGAAAAUUACAUGCAACUAUGGAUGCUAUUUGUCGGUUGUGUAUGGAAGUUAGCAAUCUCAACCAAACCAUUGCUGAUCAAACGGUUUUAACGAUGGUGGAAAAUUGCGUACAAAUCAAGUUUGAUAUCGCCAACGACUUGCUACCAUUGGAAAUAUGUGACGACUGUUACUAUACGAUAAAAGACUUUUCGGAGUUCAAAGAAAACUGUCACAACAUACAGGAUAUGCUGCGCAGAGAAAUUGAAGAAAGUGGCCGCGAGGACGAUCUGGACAGCAACUCUGUGCUCGAUCUGUUUGACGGAGAAAUUCGAUACUCCGACGUGGAGUACAUCGACGAAAACUUGUUCGAUGAUAUAAGCACAGAUGAUUUAUUUAACGAUAUUCUAAACAACAAUGAACCACAGGAAGAAAAAGUAGACGAUUUGCCAUCACCAAUUGAUUCACCGGAGUGCUCUAGAGACGAGAAGAAAAAAAGAGUUAAACGAAGCUAUAAGGACGAAUACACGGGAGCACUAGUUACAUGUGAAAUUUGCGGAAAAAUGGUACACAAGACCCUAAUUCCAGGUCAUUUGAAUAUGCAUAAAGGUAUAAAACCGUAUGUAUGCCCUAGGGACGGAUGCAAGUCAUCGUUUCACUGCAAGCAUAAACUCAAACGUCACAUCGGUUACAAACAUUCCGAUGGAAAUUACCCCUGCGAUAAAUGUGAUAAAGUGCUAAAUUCAGGACUAGCUCUCUACCACCAUAAAUUCGCGACUCACCAGGAACGCAAUAAGACUUGUCAAGACUGUGGCAAACAAUUUCGAACCACCCACGGCUUGAACCGCCACAUGCUAAUACACAAUAAGGAUCCAAAAUUUAAAUGUUCCUAUUGUGCGAUGGCGUUCCAGCGGGAGACAACCCUUGAAAUGCAUCUCCGCACGCACACAAAAGAACGGCCCUACGUCUGUAUUAAGUGUAGCGCUGACUACAGCCAUCGAAGACUGCUGGAGAAUCACGUCAAACGGAAGCAUCCUGAGACACCUAUUGUGCUGCGGCCUGCGGAAAGUGCAAUCGGCGAGAAUGAAGUACAAGAACAAGAGACAAGUGCAGUGUGCGUACAAUGA